UAUAGUGCAUUGAAAGGGAAAACGGGGACGAGAGUGCAGUAGAAAAAGACGAGCACUCAAUCGACGUUGAAGAAAAAUAGAUAAGUGGUGGGGGGUAGAAUAGUGGAUAGAGGGAGGGGAGAAAACAAGAGGAAUCGGCGGGCAAGAGCGUCAGGAGUUUUUAGCAGGACUGAACGGGCACCGAAGGAAAAAAAAAACGCUCGUCGUAAACGCGUCAUGUUGAAAAUUACGGCCAAACAAGGAUUAUUCAGUUGAUGCCCAGUGGUGUGUGAUGUGAUGGAAUUUGGAUACGGUAUAUAUUAACCCUGAGGAUAUCUACACUAGUGUCUAAAUUACGUCUUCUGAUAACGUGAAUUUUCCUGUUCUGCACUUGGAAUCCAAAGUUCAAUAAUUAAGAAAGAGAGAGAUGAUAACCCGCCACACUAGAGCCUGAUGAUGUCUUGCGUCCAGGUGGCCGGAAGAGAAAGAUAAGACAUUGAUGAUAGAAGUCAGAGAGGAAAAUCAAAAGUUAAAGGAAAAAGAAAAGGAUAAAGAAAAAUAAUAAAAGCAGAAGGGCCUUCCCCACGUUCGAGGAGUGAGUGAUGGAUGAAUGGGAGUGAGUAGGGCGCCUGAGCAGCACAGGCGCGGGUGUAGGUGCAGUUGGGAGCCUCUGGAUGUCGAGGCAGUGUCACCGUCAACGUCAGUGGCAGUGAUGGCCCCUGCUCUGACGGAAGGUGGUCCUCAAAAGCCCAACAACAUACUCCCAUUACCAUCUGGUGGUUUUCUAUCCCCAGAUAAGGCUGCGCAGGUCUGUAACAAUCGCGCUGUACUUGCUAAAUUCGUUGUAACAGCAAACGUACAGCCAACUAAAAUAGACGAGCAGUGCCUGCGCGGCAUAUCCAAGGAUCUAAUACGUGAUGUUAUCAAUUCAAAGUAUGAAAAUGGUAUCGAUUGCCUGUCAAAGUGUGUACUUGAUGCAAGUGAUGACCUGAUACCCACUGAUUUUUCCAAGGACAUCGAUAUACUCAGAGUUGAGGAGGAUAAUUACGAUAAACGUCACGUUGACUUGGAUGUUGUUAAACGUCCUGGUCAUAAGGAUAGCAAAGUGUCUGAGGUGAGUGACGCUAUAAUGAGCGAGCCAUCUGCUGGUGAGCAAAACGACGAGAUGGGAUUUAUUAAAACUGAUGUUGCACCAAUGGUUGCGCCCAUUAUCAAUGCUGACGAUAAGGAUAUUGAGGGGAGUAUCAUGGACAUCAGUGCUGACAUUGAGGACAAUGUUGGUGAUAUAUCUCAGAAUGUUGAUGAUAUUCUCGAUGUUAUUCAGGAGAUUGAGGAUGAGCAGAUCGGUGGCGGUGGUAAUGAGGGGUCUGGUACUUUUAACAUGUCCCAGGGUUUCUCCUCCCUGCCAGAUCUGCUCAACGACGUUGAUGUUGAUGUUAUGGGGCUUGUCAGUGACAAUAUUGGAAUUAAUCUUGGGCAUUUGAAUAUUGCUGAGGCUGAGGAGAGUGUUGAGGCUCAGAGGGAGCAGCUUCUGGGGAAUAAGCACGAGGGGGUACAGCAUAGGAGCUUUGAGCAGGACAGGAGGACUGCUUUUCUCAUGAGGCGGCUCAGAAAAUUACAGGCCAGAACCAUUGGCAGGCAUAUUGCUGAGGAGAGCACUGGGGUACUUGAGCUUGCUCAUCACAGUGUUAAGAAGUAUUUUAUGCAGGAGCUGCAGAGCAUUGGGGCAACCAAGGGGGCACCCAGGAGUCUACCCCAGAUACCUGAGGAUUUGAAUGCUUUUAUCAGGAGUCUUGAAAAGUCAUGCGCUGCACAGAGCAAUACUGUUACUGCACAGGGCAACAGGCAGAAGAAUUACUGCAGGUAUUUUGGGGCCGGCUCCAGAGAUAUUGGAGUGCCUGGAGGAUCUGGUAGCAGACACUCGCCUUUUACAUCAGCUCAUGUUAAACUCAAUAGUGAACAAGUGGAAAAUGUUGCUGGAUCACUAGCUACACAGCUUCACACUGUCGAGACACAUCUUGAUUCUGAUUGCACUGCAUCCAGCAGUGGGGGCGAGAGCUGUGAUGAGAUGCAGAAUUAUAAUAAUCUUCAUCAACAACAAUUAUCUAUAUCGAAAAGAGCGGGGUGGAAGUACGCCCAGGAGCGUGCAGGUAUAGCUUCCCGGUGGACGUGGCUGCAGGCGCAGAUAUCGGACCUGGAGUACAAGAUCCGCCAGCACAAUGAGUUGCAGCGUCAGAUGAGGCUGUCAAAGGGUCUUGCAUACCUGGAUAACGCCGAAACAGUGAACGGUUACAGUGGUGUUUUGCCAGGUUCAACGUCUCGACACAGUACAUCAGAGAGCGAGGGGAGUCCUUCAACUAGUAGAACGCGCCCCUUCCUCUGGGAUGUCUACAGAAAGCGAAAAUUACUGAGGCUGGAAGGUCUGCACGAGUACUCGAAACGUGCAGCAAGACCAUCGACAGUGAGAUGCGAGUGCGAUGGAAGUCUGGCAUCAUGCGCCAUUUGCACAGGUCGACGUGACUCGAUGCAGCCUCAGGAGCCCUUCGAACUGCUCUCAGUCCCUGAAAGAAUUGCCCUGGUCGAUCCUUCCUAUCAUCCAGUCCUCUCUUUCCCUGAGGACGUCACCCACAGCACCCACUUUGAAGCAAUUAUGAAGACCAUUGACUGGCAGCAGAAAAUCAUUCGCGCCAAUGCACGAAGUGCCAGGGCGAAGGAUAAGGACUCCUCGGAUAGACGAAGCAAAGCAAAGUUACCAGAGCAUCGGACCAAGUACACCACCACAACGAGAAUUAAAAAGGCAUCGUCCGCGUUACUAUCAGCAAGAAUCAAGAGGAAGAUGCUCAAGGGCAAGAGGGAGCUGGGGGGACAGGGUAAGGGACUUGGUAUCAGGAAGAGGGCACCCAAGGUGUCACAUCCUGAUGAUGAUGACGAUAUCAGUGCACAGUCUAGCUCAAGUAAACACUCGUCACCAGUGCCUUCGCCCUCGCAGCAUCCCACUGCCACCACUGAAAAAGGACCCACUAAGGAGAGAAAUUCAAAUUCACAGCAUAGGCCCAGACGAAAUUCAUAUGAUAUCGACAAUAUUGUUAUUCCGUACAGCGUGGCUGCAUCUGCUAGACUCGAGAAGCUACAGUAUAAGGAAAUUCUAACACCAAAGUGGAGGAUAUGUGGAGACCUGACAAAAACGGAUGUAAAGAACGGUGUAAUGCACAGGCCUAGUCAAGACAGUGAUUUCGAGGAUAUGUCUGAGGAGACGAUUAUGCUGAGGCAUGAGAGGAGUGAGCGCGAGGAGAGCAAACGAUUUAAGAGUUUGCUGAACAAGCUGCCCAACAAUAGAUUUCGUCAUAAUCGUCGAGCAGACAGUCGAGCAGACAGCGGUGCAAAUACACCAGAUCCAAUGUCACCUCAUGCCAGUGAUUUCGGUGGUGAUGUCACACCCAUUACUUCUCCCCCAGCCACACCCUCUGGAACACUGGAAACCGAACAUCACGCUAUGAUGGAUCAUCGCAAUUCUACCCUGCAGAGUACAGUUCGACGACGAACCAACUCGUCGUCGAUGAGAGUCACCAAGGAAGAUGCUGCGAGUUCCAUUCACGAAGACGAGAAUGAAGUUCUGCCGUACGAACCCCGAAUAUUCCCGCUGCCAGAGGAGCUGUACGACAAGAUGCUCGAGGCGAUGCCGGCGGGCCAUUGGCAGAACACACCACCAGCUCUAGCCCCCCCGGAAGAGAAGAUCGAUGAGGAGGUAGAGCUGGACCCCUCAGAAUCUGACACAACCGAGUCAGCUUACUGCGAUGCAGAUGGCGAAGACCCCAACGACCCGGAAUGGACAGAAGCGGACGACAGGGACGCUGAAAAGGAGAGAAUACGCUCGACAGCCAAAAGAUAGGAGAUGUUAAUGAUAAUUGUCAAACAAACUCUAACUGGCUGUCGUGCGUGUCUCACUGAAAACCCGUCUAUUAAUUAUCUGGAUGGUAUUCCUGUCAAUUUGUUAUAUAUAGCUGUCGGUAAUGUGACAUGCACCUUAAGUUAAUAGUAUUACGAUUCUGUAAAGUGUAUUAUAAAUAUAAAUUUUAUAACAUCA